AUGACAGCAACAGCUCAACUUCCCCUGCCCCUGAGGCACCUCAUCACCAAGAAACUCACUCAAAUUUCCCCUCUAUCACUUGCUCUAAAUCAUCAAACCCGGUUCUCUUCUACCAAAUCCCGCCAAACACCCGCCCCCAUCCAACGAAAACCCAUCCUCAGAGACACCAUCCGGCGCUUCAUCCCCGAAGAAGCCAAAAAGUUCGUCAAGCCCGACGGCAAGCUCCAGACGACCCGCGAGACCAGGGACUUCUUCCUCGAGCACAACCUCGAGCCCGACAACGGCGCCGCACGCAGACUCACCACGGGUCCCGGCCUGCAGAACGUGUCCAAGGCCUAUCACGCAACCAUCGCCUUCAGUCCGCGGCACAUUAUCCAUCCGUAUGAUCUGCGCUUCUUUGAUCCGCGGGGCCAUCCGCUUGCUGCCGCAAGACGGGCAAAAUAUCUCCGCAAGUCUCAGCAGGAACCGCUUUGGAUCAUGAUCACAGGUGCCGGAGCUGCCUCGGUGGUGCGGACCCUGACGCAGAGACGCCUGAAGAGCGCAAUAUACCGGAGCCUGGAGGACCUCGGCUUCCAGAACGGCGUGGGGGGCGAGAAAGAGAUCAGGGGCACGCUCUGGAUCACGAUUCACAACCCGGUUGCGGCGUCGAAACUGGCCCCUGAGCCGUUUGGCGAGGCUGUUGCUCGGGCACUGAGGAGCAGAUGCAGCCAGCCCUUGAGAUGA